UCACACUUGACACUUGACAAGUCUGAAUGGAGAUAAAAACUGAAGUGUAUUCAUGUACCAAAUGAUACCAACACAAUGGUGAGGCUGGGUGUCCCGAACAGAUUCAUAGUGGUGUGUGUGGCGAUCUUAGUGUACGCCGUCGUAGUUACCUUCAAGAUAUUUUCUUCAGAUGUAACGUGCAGACCGACCGUUUGUCCAUCGAGUGUUUGUAACAGUUCGGUAGAAGAGAAGCAUGUGACGGAGGUUACAAAUGCUCCCCCGUGGGAGCAACAUUUGGAUUUCAAAGGAUUCGACAACGAGACGGGAACUCCGGACGGGCAUUACAUAGUGCCUAAUUACGUGCACUUCGUGAAGUUCGGGCAGGCCGAGUUCAGCUUUGUCCACACCGUGUGCAUUCUGGCGGCGUUGAAGAACCAGAAGCCGGAGAAACUGUUCAUCCACACUGACUUGAACGGAUUCCGCGGGAAGUACUGGAACGUUAUGAUGAACACGACCGGAUUCAAAGAGGUCUUGGUGAUCAAAAAGAUGAAAGUCCCCACCGAGAUCUUCGGGCAGAAGUUGCAGCAGAAGUGGAGGAAUUACCACGGUGGAGACGUGGCGAGACUGCAGAUCAUGAUGAAGUACGGAGGGAUCUACCUGGACAGUGACUCUUACGUCGUCAGGAGCCUCAACGACUUCCGCAGGUACGAGAUGACUCUCGGUUGGUUCCCCGGUAAGGACAUGGGCAACCAAAUCCUUCUGGCCCACAAGGACGCCAGGUUUCUACGUCUGUGGUACGAAUCCUAUAGGGACAAUUACGACCCGACCUCGUGGUACUACAAUGCCGGGACCUAUCCCACCAACAUCCUCGUCGACAAGCCCUACCUCGUCCAUCGAGUAGAGAAACUCUUCGGCAACUACGGCAUCAAGUGGAAGACCUACAUGACGAACUUCCCCGAGUGGAGGGACUAUUACACUUUCCAUCUUCUCAGCAGCAGGCUCAACCGCGGCCUCAAGAAUCUCUCGAAGACUCUCAAGUAUCCUGUGGUCUUCAAUGACGUCAAUAUUCUCAAGUACCCAGUGGCCUUCAGGGACAUGUGCAAGGCGGUGUAUCCGUUUCCAAAAGGUAGAAUUAAUGAAAAUACAUACAGUAUAUGAUCUUG